AUGGCAGUAUUUGAGCGGAAUAGCCGCAGUAAAAUUGCGCUUGUUGGUUCCGGCAUGAUCGGAGGAACCAUGGCCUUCCUUUGCAGCUUGAGGGAACUAGGGGAUGUUGUUCUAUUCGACGUUGUGCCAAACAUGCCCUUGGGGAAGGCUUUGGACCUGUCGCAGAAUUCUUCAGUCGUUGAUACUGGGGUCACUGUUUACGGAUCAAACAGCUACGAGUGCCUUCAAGGCGCAGAUGUUGUCAUUAUUACCGCCGGAAUCACAAAGAUUCCCGGCAAGAGCGAUCAGGAGUGGUCUAGAAUGGAUUUGCUGCCGGUUAACGUCAGGAUCAUGCGCGAGGUGGGAGCAGCCAUCAAGAAGUACUGCCCCGGUGCGUUCGUUAUCAACAUCACGAACCCCCUUGACAUCAUGGUCAAUGCCGUCAGGGAGGCUUCUGGCCUUCCUCCCAGCCGUGUGUGCGGCAUGGCGGGGAUGCUCGACUCUUCCCGAUUCCGGCGGAUGCUCGCCGACAAACUGAAGGUAUCCCCCAGGGAUGUGCAGGCCAUGGUUAUUGGAGUUCACGGCGACAACAUGGUUCCUCUAGCUCGUCUGGCCACUGUUAACGGUAUUCCUCUUGGGGAUUGCAUUAAGCAAGGAUGGAUUAGUGAAAAGGACGUGGAAGAAAUCGUGGCGCGCACCAAGGUGGCUGGCGGAGAGAUUGUUCGUCUUCUUGGCCAAGGCUCUGCCUAUUAUGCUCCAGGUGCAUCUGCCAUUUGCAUGGCAGAAUCCUAUCUUAAGGACAGGAAGAGGGUGAUGGUAUGCUCAUGCUAUUUGGAGGGUCAAUAUGGUGUACAAAACCAUUACUUGGGGGUGCCGUGUGUCAUUGGCGGCAACGGUGUCGAGAGGAUCAUCGAGCUUGAACUUAAUGACAUGGAGAAGGCUGCUCUUCAGGGUUCCAUCGAAGAGGUCAAGGAGAUGCAAAAGGUCCUCGCCGAGCUUGACGCCGGCAAGUAA